ACACUUCACAUUUUCGUUAUGUCUUGAAUAAAUCUUCGGACACAAUAAAUAGUUAGAUACCAAACGUUCUCUUACUCCUCCACUUUCGUCUUCUCCUCAUCAAUAUCCUAAAUCCUUCCUCUCUUUUUUUUUUUCAUUUUCGUCUUCAUCUUUUGGGCUUCACUAUGGCAGCUGCCGCGGAUAAAGGCAAUGAACUCGACCGCAUCAAGAAUGAAGCCGUUGAUCUGAUUCGAAUACCCAUGGAGGAAGUCUUUGAAGAGCUGAAAUGUACAAAACAAGGUCUUACAUCAGAUGAAGCUUCUUACCGUCUAGACCUCUUUGGUCCCAACAAGCUCGAAGAGAAGAAGAAAAGCAAAAUUAUAAAGUUUUUAGGCUUCAUGUGGAACCCCUUGUCGUGGGUGAUGGAAGCGGCGGCUCUAAUGGCUAUCGCUUUGGCGAACGGAGGAGGAAGACCACCGGAUUGGGAAGACUUUGUGGGGAUAGUGGGUUUGCUAUUCAUCAACUCAACCAUUAGUUUCAUCGAAGAGAACAACGCUGGUAAUGCUGCAGCCGCUCUCAUGGCCGGUCUAGCCUGCAGAACUAAGGUGCUCAGAGAUCGUCAAUGGAGCGAGCAACAAGCAUCCAUCCUCGUACCCGGCGACAUAAUCACCGUCAAGCUCGGCGACAUCAUUCCCGCCGACGCGCGUUUACUCGACGGCGACCCUCUCAAGAUCGACCAAUCAUCUCUCACCGGCGAAUCAAUCCCCGUCACCAAAACCCCCGGCGACGAAAUCUUCUCCGGCUCGACCUGCAAACAAGGCGAGAUCGAAGCCAUCGUCGUCGCCACGGGAGUCCACACGUUCUUCGGCAAGGCCGCUCACCUCGUCGACACCGCGAACCAAACCGGACAUUUCCAGAGAGUCGUCACCUCGAUCGGCAACUUCUGCAUCUGCUCGAUCGCGCUGGGAAUCGCCGUCGAGCUCCUCGUGAUGUACCCGAUCCAGCGCCGCGAGUAUCGCGACGGAAUCGAUAACCUCCUCGUAUUGCUGAUCGGAGGGGUUCCGAUCGCGAUGCCUUCUGUGUUGUCCGUCACGAUGGCGAUCGGAUCUCAUAGAUUGUCUCUGCAAGGAGCUGUGACGAAGAGGAUGACUGCGAUCGAGGAGAUGGCUGGUAUGGAUGUUCUGUUGAGCGAUAAGACUGGGACUCUCACGUUGAAUAAGCUUACCGUUGAUAAGAACUUAGUGGAGCUUUUCGCGAAAGGAGUUGAUAGAGAGAAUGUUAUCCUCUUGGCUGCGAGAGCCUCGAGGAUUGAGAAUCAAGAUGCGAUUGAUGCAGCUAUUGUUGGAAUGCUUGCUGAUCCUAAAGAGGCUCGAGCGGGUGUGAGGGAAGUUCAUUUCCUUCCUUUUAACCCGGUGGAUAAGAGAACUGCGUUGACGUAUGUUGAGUCUGAUGGGAGCUGGUACCGAGCUAGUAAAGGAGCUACGGAGCAGAUACUGAACUUAUGUAGUUGUAAGGAAGAUGUUAAGAGGAAAGCUCAUGGAGUGAUUGAUAAGUUUGCUGAGCGUGGGCUUCGAUCUUUGGCUGUUGCAAGACAGGAAGUUCCGGAGAAGAAGAAAGAUGCUUCUGGUGGCCCAUGGGAACUUGUGGGUCUUUUACCUUUGUUUGAUCCUCCGAGGCAUGACAGUGCCGAGACAAUCAGGAGGGCUUUAAACCUUGGUGUUAAUGUUAAGAUGAUAACCGGGGACCAGCUUGCAAUUGGGAAAGAAACUGGUCGCAGGCUUGGAAUGGGUACAAACAUGUAUCCUUCUUCUGCGCUACUCGGACAAGAGAAAGAUUCUUCCUUGGGUGCACUUCCUGUUGAUGAACUGAUCGAGAAGGCUGAUGGAUUUACAGAAGUCUUUCCAGGUCAUACACUUAAGCAAAAGGCUAUAUCUUUAACCACACAUUCUAUGUCUAUAUCGUAUGGUUCCUUUGCAGAGCAUAAGUACGAGAUUGUUAGUAGGCUGCAACAAAGGAAUCAUAUAUGUGGUAUGACUGGAGAUGGUGUGAAUGAUACCUCAGCUCUCAAAAAGUCGGAUAUUGGUAUAGCUGUUGCUGGCGCUACUGAUGCUGCGAGAGGCGCUUCUGAUAUUGUUCUCACAGAACCUGGACUGAGCGUUAUCAUCAGUGCAGUGCUUACCAGUAGAGCCAUAUUCCAAAGAAUGAAAAACUACACUAUUUAUGCGGUUUCAAACACGAUACGUAUUGUGUUUGGCUUCAUGUUCAUUGCUCUCCUAUGGGAGUUUGAUUUCGCGCCUUUCAUGGUCCUGAUCAUAGCAAUCUUAAACGAUGGAGCAAUCAUGACAAUAUCAAAGGACAACGUGAAGCCAUCUCCACAGCCAGAUAGCUGGAAACUCAUAGAAAUCUUCUCGACCGGAGUUGUGUUUGGAGGUUACCAGGCCUUGAUGACUGUCGUUUUCUUCUGGGCGAUGAUAGACACUGAUAUUUUCUCGAACAUGUUUGGUGUGAGACCAUUGAGUCAACGUCCUGAACAAAUGAUGGCUGCUUUGUAUCUACAAGUUAGCAUCACAAGUCAAGCUCUCAUCUUCGUCACCAGGUCCCGUAGCUGGUCCUACGUCGAACCCCCUGGUCUUCUCUUACUUGGUGCAUUUGUCAUAGCUCAGUUGGUGGCGACGUUGAUAGCUGUUUAUGCCAACUGGAAUUUUGCGCGGAUAGAAGGAGCCGGUUGGGGAUGGGCUGGAGUGAUCUGGCUAUACAGUCUCGUAACCUACAUCCCUCUCGACUUGCUCAAGUUUUUGAUCCGCUACGUUUUGAGUGGAAAAGCCUGGUUAAACCUUCUUGAAAACAAGACUGCCUUCACGACGAAGAAAGACUAUGGUAAAGAGGAAAGAGAGGCUCAAUGGGCUGCAGCUCAAAGAACCCUCCAUGGACUUCAACCACGAGAGACGAACAUCAUCUUCAAUGAAAAGAAUUGUUACAGUGAACUCUCUGAGAUUGCUGAACAGGCUAAACGCCGAGCUGAGGUUGCCAGGCUGAGAGAGCUAAGCACAUUAACAGGACAAGUAGAGUCAGUGGUUAAGCUUGGAGGACUUGACAUUGACGCGAUUCAGCAACAUUACACAGUCUAAUCUACUUUGGUUACUAAAAAAGGCUAUUUAAUUAGUUUGAAAACAAAAGCAAAGUUGUGUAGACUUGCACCGAUGCAUUUUUUAGGAUCGUUGGUUUUUGUACUAAUUUUAUAUUAAGUUCAUGUAUUAAUAUAAUAUUGAGAAUUUAAA